AUGUCGUUGUUCAUGCUGUCGCUAUAUCAUGUAUUCGGAUCCCCUAAUGCUUGUGAGGGCAGCCUCGUCGGCAGAUGGCUUAAAGAACGCAAAGAGAAGAAGAAAGAGGAGACUAGAGCCCAGAAUGCCCAGUUCCCUGCCGCUGUUUCUGUCGCAGGAGUGGUGACUGCCAUCGCUGCAAUAGCAGCCACCACAGCUGCCUCUUCCGGAGCCGGAGUGGACGAGCAGAUGGCAAAGACCGACAUGGCGGUCAUCUCUGCCGCCACCCUUGUCGCCGCCCAGUGCGUGGAGAUGGCCGAGGCAAUGGGCGCCGAUUGCGAACACCUAGCUUCAGUGGUCGGAUCCGCCGCCAAUGUCCGAUCUGCCGGCGGUAUCAUGACCUUGAUAGUCUCCGUAGCCACAUUGAAGGCAAGGGCGUUAAAGCAGGUUUGGAAUAUAGCAGUAGCUAUUACUGUCGAGGCUGCACUUGAUAGGAAGCAUAACGGGCCUGCUCUCCUAUGGAAGAUGAUUUCUUGUAUUUUUAUCGUGGUGGGGUCGGCACCUGUUGAGAUAUUAUGA